AUGAAAUUUCUUCCCGAUCGUUCUGAAGAAUUGUUCCUUUCUAUAGUUUUCUUCCCUCAAUAGACUCUUUUGUUGUUUGCUAUGCUUUUCCCGUAGAAAGAUUUGUUCUUCUAUAUGUUUACUUGACCGUUUCUCUUGUAGCUCAGAUUUGCGAAAGAACAUAGAACAUUUAGAGAAAAACAGUGUAACAAGUCUUCGAACGUUGGUUAAUCUUGGGUCAGAAGUGUAUAUGCAAGCAGAAGUGCCAGACACACAACGUAUAUUUGUGGAUAUUGGACUAGGAUUUCAUGUGGAGUUCACCUGGUCCGAAGCCUUAAAGUUCAUCUCAUUGAGGGAGGAAAAGUUAGAAAGGCAAAUAGAGGAGUAUACCUGCUUGAUAGCAUCGAUUAAAGCCCAGAUUAAGCUGGUUUGCGAAGGAAUUCGGGAGUUGCUUCAGAUUCCAGCGGAGAAAACCGUAGAAGAGCGCAUCUUUUAGCAUUUACAAACUUGAAUCUAUGAAUCUGUUAUUUCUUGCACAAUGAAAUGGAACUUUUUUACUUGA